UGUCACUUUUGGCUCGGGUGGAGCUGGAUAUGAUAAUUUAACUACAACAAUUGUAGUAAGUGCACUGAGACUUCUAUAAUCAUUUUGCUCUUCCCCUACGUGAUGUUAAUAUUUUGGGGUUUCUAACACGGUUGUACACUUUUUAUAAGCGUGAUCAAUCGAAAAUAUGCAGGGUGCCAUACCUCUAUGGAAGCAAUUGGAAUUCUUCAAAGAGUACAAGGAGAAAUUAACUAAGUUUUAAGGGGAAGAGAAAGCAACCAAAACGAUACGUGAAGCAUUGUAUGUAAUAAGUAUAGGAACAAAUGAUUUUAUAGAGAAUUACCUCACUAUUCCCAUACGGUCGUUACAAUUCAACAUGGAGGAGUUCCAGAAUUUUCUCACCGAAAAUGCCAGCAGGUUCAUUAAGGAUCUUGGAAGUUUGGGUGCCCGAAAAAUAUCAAUAAGUGGGUCAUUUCCCAUGGGGUGUUUGCCAAUAGUAAGAACUCUGAAUGUUCUGGUAGGAAGAGCAUGUUUGGAUUACUAUAACAAAGUGGCUAUGGAUUUUAAUAGAAAGCUUAUCAAGUUAGUCGCAGACUUGAGAAAAGAGGUUGAUGGGAUCCGUGUGGUGUAUGCAGAUGGAUUCCAGGUGGUGAAAAAUGGAUGCUGUGGGAUGGGAACGGUCGAGGUAAACCAACUGUGCAUGUUGGCAGUGUCAUUAUGUAAAGAUCCCACAAAAUACAUAUAUUGGGAUGCAAUACAUUUCACAGAAACGGCAAAUAAGCUAUUUGCCAAUAACAUACUGAACACAGGCCUAGCUAAGUUAAUCUGAGAUUCUGAAUCCCCCCGUCAUUAAAUCAAUCCUGAAAAUGUACUAAUGCUGCUACCACAAUGAUGUAUGUUCACGAGCAAAAUAGAAAGACUCCCAAAUAUAAUGCAAUUUAUAAUUCGAUGCGUAAUGCUAAACAUAAU